AUGUCGACGUCUUCUACACUUUCCACCACCACAAGUAUGUCUGAUGUUGAAAUUGAACCUUCCCAAUGUUCAAGACGAAUUUUGUUAAUGGCAAUUGGGUCUAUGGGGGAUGUGCUUCCUUUUAUAAAUAUUGGAAUUGGUUUUCAACUUCGCGGCCAUACAGUGAUAGUUGCGGCCAAUUCCAGAUUUCGAAAUUUGAUAGAAUCCAAAGGAUUUGAGUUUAGGGAAAUAACGUGGGAUAUGCAGUAUGAAUGGGAGCAUACCGAAGAAGGAAAACGAAUGGUGAAAUAUUCAGCACAUUCAAUACUUGGAUCACCGUUCAUGUUUUCAUUUUUGAAGCAAGGAUUCCAAAAGACAUACAAGGAUUCCGAAGCCGUUCUCACGGGAGUUGACUUUGUACUACUUGGAACAGGGUCAAAUUAUAUGUAUCCAGAG